AGGUCCCACAUCCCUCCGGUGUGGCCUCCUCAUCUUCCAGCCUCUUGGCUGCUCAGAGGGCUGGGACAGCGCUGGGGGAGGGCUGCUAUGCUGGGUCUUCUGGGAAUCGGAUGUUCAGGAUCUUGGCCUUUACUCUAUUUAACAGGAACGGGAAAAGGCCCUUUAGCAAGCAGCUUGCGGGAGCUGAAAUUCCCACAGAAUCCAAUGCAUCAGUCUAAUCAGGGGAAAAGAAAAAGAUUUCACGCCACAGGGAACCUGAAAAUCUUUGCUUGGAUUUCUUGUCCUUCCUCCCCAACCCUCCCCCUCCCCCCCCACCCCGCCCUAAACACAGAUGAGAGACGGAUAGACUGAUAGCGGUUUCCUGAAAAUGUGACCGUGCACGUGGAAAAGAAAGGCGAUGAAAAUAGGAAAGGUGGUCCUGUCGGUGCCACACUGAGCGUUGCCACAGCUCCCGUCUGGGGCCAUGAGAGAGCACAGACGCCUCCACAGUCCUCUCGCUCCCACGCCAGAACGCCAGGAAACCCAGGAAAGACCGGCAGAGACCAGUGCCAACGUGGAUGACUCGGCACCCCCCUCGGUGGCCCAGCUGGCUGGGCGGUUUAGGGAGCAGGCAGCCGCUGCAAAGGAGACACCAGCCUGUAAGCCAACAAGAAGGAAACCGCCCUGCUCCCUCCCCCUGUUCCCCCCCAAGGUAGAGCUGGGCCAGAACGGUGAGGAGAAAUCACCGCCCAAUGCAAGCCACCCUCCUAAAAUCAAGGUGAAGAGUUCGCCUCUGAUUGAGAAGCUUCAGGCCAACUUAGCUUUCGAUCCAGCAGCCCUGCUGCCUGGCGCCUCACCCAAGAGUCCUGGACUCAAGGCCGCGGUGUCGCCAUUCCAGAGCCCGCCGUCCACCCCCAGCAGCCCUGGUGUGCGGUGUCAGGCUGGCGAGCUGGAGGAGGUGCCGGUCAGCUUUGACCAGCCUCCGGAGGGCAGCCAUCUGCCCUGCUACAAUAAGGUGCGGACGAGGGGCUCGAUAAAAAGGCGCCCUCCCUCCAGGCGAUUCCGAAGGUCUCAGUCAGACUGUGGGGACCUGGGAGGUUUCAGGGCCCCCGAGUCAUCCCAGGAGAAUGGUGCCAAGGAAGAGAAUGGGGAUGAGGUGUUCCCAUCCAAGAGCAAGGCCCCGGGGUCCCCGCCGCCCAGCGAGAAGCCGGUGGGGGAGCCAGGGUCCCAGGAGAAGCCUCCUCUGAGGAGGACGUCCAGCAGGACGGAGAAGCAGGAGGAGAAGGGCAGGGCCCCGGGGGAAGCCCAGCAUCACCAGGAGGCCGUGGGGGGCUCUGAAGAGGAGGCCGGCACCCGUCCAGCCAAGGAGGAGGCCGUUCAACCAGCCCCGGCCUCCAGCCCGGAGGCAGCGAACGGGUGCAGGAGCCCCACGGAAGAAAAACCAGCCGGGGAACAGACAGAAAAGUCUGCAGAGGUGAAGGAGGAGAGGGCAGAAAAUGAAGAGGGUGAGCCCGAGCAGAGGAGCCAAGACACAAAGGGGCUGGCGGAGGGAGCUGCGGGGGAGGCCCCACCGAGCCCCCCUGGAGGAGUGGAGGGCGGCCACAGCUUUGAGCAGGGGAGAGGCGAGGAAAAGGACGAAGAGGGGGCCAUUCUGGAGCCAGGCUGCAACCCCAGCGAUGAGGCCCCCAAGACAGAGGAUGACACUCCUGUCCAGGACACUAAAAUGUGAAGAGCUCCUUGUGCCUAGUGAUGCAGCUGCUGGAGACCUCUCUUUAGAAGUAGCAGCAAGAGUAGUAGCAGCAAAUGAAGCCAAAGCAGAAUUUCGUGGAGGGUCAGAGGCAGCCUGAAGACAGAGCGUGUUAUUCCCAGGUCUCCACGCUGAACGUCCCCUUGCAGACAGAUCCGGCAGAGGGCAGCAGCCUUUUGUCAGCCUGAGUUUGUGUCACUUCCUGGACUUGGUUAAAAGCAGACAAACAAAAAUUAUUUAAAACAAUUUACUGUGGUGACAACUCCCAGGAAUACUGGUCAGCUGCGGGGCCUGAAUCCUAUCCACACCCACCUGUCCCUGCAGCUGACGUCGGAACUGGAUUCUGAUUUAGCUAAUCAGAUUUUGUUUGUGUAAAGUGAUAGCCUUUUUACUGUUCUGACAAGUUGUUAUGAUUCUCAGAUGUAAGUAAGAACAAAUUUCAGACCGGCUAGGAACAAAAGAAAAUAGUGUCGCUGGAAAUAUAAAUCCGAUAAGUUACAGAAGACCUUACAUUGUAUCAAGACCCGGAGACAACGUCUCAGCUUCAUCCAAAUUUGAACUGGCCAGCCAGUUUUUAAUCCUUGGACUGGAAAGAGAUAAUUACUGCAACAUUAAAAAAAUAGGUAUCUGUUCCAUCCAGAGGGAGCUUUUACUUUUGGGUAGUUUUCUAGUUGUUGGUACACUGGGAGGUGACAGGCUUAGCGGUCCCUCUUC